AUGGCAGAGUCAAAUCAUGCUAAUCACACAACAGAUUCAUCUACAUGGACACUAACAGAAAUAAUAUCUGGUGCAUCAUCGAAUAAUAAUGAAAGUGAGGAGGAACAAAAACCGACUCCUGAUUAUGACAGAGAUAAUGGAGGAAAAUUUAUGAAAGAAUUAGAAGAAUGUGAAGACAACGUAAUAAAACAAAAUUUUAAUAUGUUACAUUAUAUUAUUUUCAUAUUUAGAUGUAUGAACUCAUAA